AUGGCUGGAUCGGGCCCUGCCGCCACCACUAGCGGUCUCCUGGCGCUUGGCCUACGGCUGGAUCGGGUCCCGCCGCUGCCACUAGCCGGCCUCCCGCCAGAUCGCCGCCUCCCCCACUCGGCCUACGGCCGGAUCAGGCCCCCACCGCCACCACUAACCUGCCGCCUUGCCGCCACCCACCUGCGCAGUUUGCAUGCCUUUAAAGCGAAGGCGCCUCCCUCCCCUCCGCUGCAACGGAGCCCAGACUCCGGUCCCCGCCCCGCCCCGGAGGCGCCGCGAGCCGGCGAGCGAGGGGCGCCCCCCAGCGGCGAAGGAGAGCGCGGGCGCCCUUCCCCUUUCCCCUCGCCUCCAGGCCGCCGCCGCCUUGUGGUCGCGGGGAGAGCAGCGCCGGGAGAGCGAGCUCAGGCGCUGGGCACGUGUGGCGCCUGCGCAGUGCCGCUGGGAGCCGCGUGCCGGGCAGGCGAGCUGGGCGGGGCCGGAGCCGAGCCGCCGCGUUUCCCGCGCAGUUGCGCUGAGGGAGCGGACGCGAAGCAGCAUCGGCAGCCUCGGAGGAGGAGGAGGAAGCCUCGCCAGCCUCGCCUCCGCUCGGGUCCCGCCAUGGCUUCGUCGGCCAGGGCUCUCCGGCCCCGCCGCUCGGCCCCCGCGCAGGCGACCGGCAGCGACGACUCGGUGGCCUCCGAUUCCGGCGGCAGCGCCUUCGAGGAAACCCUUCGCGGCAAGGCCGGCAAGCGGCAGGCGACGAGGCGAAGGGCGGCCCCGAAGGACCCUCUGCCGGCCCGCGCGGAGCAAAGCGGCCUCUUCCAGGCGGUGAAGGCGGGCAGGAGCGCCGCGCAGUCUGUAGUUGAUGAUUGGCUUGAGAGUUACAAGAAAGACAGGGAAUCUGGGUUCCUGGAGCUCUUCAACUUCAUUGUCCACUCCUGUGGUUGUAAAGGUGUAGUGACCCUGGAGAUGCUGAGAGGCCUUCAGAACUCGGAGAUCAUCCAGCAACUGACAGAAUCAUUUGAUGAGGGCUCAGCAGAGUACCCGCUGUUGUUGAACACCCCAGUCUGGCGGCGGUUUCGGCAGGGGUUCUGUGAGCUGUUGGCGGUUCUUGUGCACCGUACACAACAUGCUGUUCUCUAUGAUGAGUAUUUGAUGGGUAGCCUCAUCGCCCUGCUUACUGGCAUGUCUGACUCCCAGGUUCGUGCUUUCCGCCACACGAGCACCUUGGCAGCCAUGAAACUAAUGACAGGUUUGGUGCGUGUAGCUCUGAGUGUCAGCCUGCAGAAGGACAACAGUCAGCGCCAGUAUGAGGCUGAGCAGGCCAAGGGAUCAAGCUGCCGGGCUCUGGAGAAGCUGGAAGGGCUGCUGGAACAACACAGAGAGCUCCAGGAGAAACAGGAAGAGCUUGAGAAUUUGAUGAACGCUAUCUUCAAGGGGGUCUUCAUUCACCGCUAUCGGGACCUUAUGCCUGAAAUCCGUGCCAUUUGCAUUGAAGAGAUGGGCCAGUGGAUAGAGCAUUACAGCAACUCCUUCCUGACUGACAGCUAUCUCAAGUACAUUGGCUGGACGCUACAUGACAAGCAGGGGGAGGUCCGGCUCAAGUGCCUGCUUGCUCUGCAAGGACUGUAUCGCAGCCAGGAGAGGGCUGCUCGCAUGGAGCUCUUCACCAGCCGUUUCAAGGAGCGAAUGGUGUCCAUGGUCCUGGACAAGGAGCCCCAGGUGGCAGUGGAAGCUGUCAGGCUGCUCACCCUCAUCUUUCAGAAUAUGGAUGACGUGCUUACAGACUUGGAUUGUGCAAGCGUCUUUCCACUUGUGUAUGCUUCUAGCCAUCCUCUUGCAGCAGCCGCUGGUGAAUUCUUAUAUAACAAGGGGAUGGCAGGGAAGCAGCGCACCCGAGCCGCCUUCCAGCUGCUGCUGGCCUUUUCCAUUGAGAGUGAGUUCCACGACCAUGCCAGCUACCUGGUGGACAGCCUGUGGGACUGUGCGGCUGCCUUGCUGAAGGACUGGCAGCUGCUGACUGGGCUGCUGCUGGAGGAACCCCCUGCGGAAGGCCUCGGAGACCGAGAGGAGAACAGCCUCAUCAUGUUCUUGGCAGCCAGUGUGCGGCAGGCCACAGAGGGGCAGCCACCUGUCGGUCGGAUCUCUGGGAAGAAGGUGCUUUCUGCUCGGGAGCGGAAGGUGCAAGUGGAGGAUCGCCUCAGACUCACCCAGCACCUCAUCCCCCUGCUGCCCCUGCUGCUGGCUAAGUUCUCAGCUGAUGCCGAAAAAGUGGUUUAUCUGUUGGAGGUCCCGUGCUACUUUGACCUGACUCUUUACAGCAGUGGCCGUCUGGAAAAGCAUUUAGAGCUGCUGCUGGCCCAGCUGUGGGAGGUGAUGGAAAAGCACACAGACUGUGAAGUGCUGGAGGCUACUUCCAGGACUCUGCACAUGCUCUGCUCUCCAGAACUGGCUUUCUACAGCCGUGCAGAUUUUGCCCGCAGUCGUCUGGUGGACCAUCUGGCGGAUAAAUUCCAACAUGAGGCGACUGAACUGUUCCAGUCCCCCUGCUGUCUGGAGAAUGAAGAUGUAUACCGUGUGGCUGCCACUCUCAAACGCAUUGCCAUCCUGCACAGUGCUCAUGACCUGACCCCGUGGAAUUUCUUUGACCCCUGCAUCCGAUUCCUGCACCACACGGUGGACACAGAGGAGAUCCCCAAGCAGGUGGUCAUCUCUGCCAUAUCCUGUUCAUACUUCUCACUCUAUUGGGAGCUCGGGUGGGUCUCCCUUUGCACCACCACACACUCAUGAGACCACUCCUCCUUCCAGGAGCAACUGCUCAGCCUGAAGGGAAAAGUGGCUUCCUUCUGCUCCCUCUGUCAGAACUACCUUGUGGACAUGGACCCCGGUGUUCAGCAGCAGGCCUUUGUGGUGCUGACUGACCUGCUCAUUAUUUUCGGCCCUCAACUGCCGUAUGGGGGCCACCGCCUUCUCCGGGAGCUGGUGUACGAGCCGGAUGUUGCUUUGCAGUCGCAGCUGGCUGGCUUCCUUGUGGACCACGUCUUCAACCAUGACCAGGUUGAAGGCAGCCAGGAUGAGAUGCUCCAGAUCGAGCAACUGCACCAGCGCCGCAAGCUGCUGGCCGGAUUCUGCAAGCUCAUUAUCUACGGAGUCCUGGAGCUGAGUGCUGCCUCAGACAUCUUCAAGCAUUACUCCAAGUCCUACGACAACUACGGGGACAUCAUCAAGGCGACACUGAAUGAGACCCGCCAGAUUGACCGGACCGAAUGGGCUCACACGCUGCUACUUACUCUGCAGCAGUUGCUGACUCAGCUGCUUCUGGAGCAGGGACCUGCAGGCAUCAACUCGGCCACCUUCCUGGAGAUCCGGGAUUUGGCACGGCGCUUCUCUCUGCUCUUUGGGCUGCACCAGCUGCAGAACCGCUCCGCCCUUGUCACACUGCAUAAGGAUGGGAUAAAGUUUGCCUUCCAAGAACAGGUGGCCUCCGACUCAAGGCUGGACCUUGUCCACUUGCCCUUCUUGGAGCUGCUGAGCGAGUUUUCUCCACGGCUGUUGUCUCCCGACAAAGCCUUACUCCUGUCCUACCUCAAGAAGAUCAGCCAGGCACAUCUGUCCUCCCGACAUGGAGAAGAGCACCUCUGGGGCUCGCUCCUGAUCUAUCAGCGCUCCUUGAGCCCCCAGGAGGAGACAGCCCCCUCACCAGAUGCACCUGCCCAGCAGAAGCCUGGACCACCUGCCAAGAGGCGGCACCUGAAUGGUGGGAGGCGGAAUGGAGGGGGGCAGGGGGGUGGUGCUUGUACGGCUGCAGAGUUGGAAGUGGAAACGGCCAUGUUUCUCCUGCCUUGGCAGAGUCCCUUGGGCAUAGCGAUACCAGUUUCUCCUCCACUUCCGGCAGCCGCUUACAGAGCCCCUUGCUGACAUCCACCACCCUGCGGAGAAAAGGCCACUCAGCUGCCCAGCUGCUGGGCCAGGAGGACUCGGGCUCCGAGUCGGAGUUUGU